ACACGAUGAUAAGAAUGGUGCCUGUCCUGCUGUUUCUGCUGCUGUUUCUGGGUCCUGCUGUCCCCCAGGAGACCCAAGAUGGUCAUUACUCUCUGACCUAUCUCUACACUGGGCUGUCCAGGCCUAGCAAAGGCACCCACAGGCUGCAGGGCACUGUCUUCCUCAAUGACCGUGCAUUCUUCCACUACAACAGUGAAGACGGGAAGGCUGAGCUGGGAUCAUGGAGACACGUGAAAGGAGUAGAGGACUGGGAGAAGCAGAACCAACUUCAGAAGGCCAGGGAGGACAUCUUUAUGGAGACCCUGAAUAACAUCAUGGAGUAUUACAACAACAGUAGUGGUCAGUGAACAACAGACCGCGGGAGUGGAAGGUCUAACCCAAGAGGCAGCCCCCCAAGUGUGAGUCGCAAGGGGUCAGCAGGAUGGAAAUAGUCCCAAUCCCAGCAGAGGAACAGGAGGCACAGCAGAAACACAGACAUGUCUGCAU